AUGGAGUACAAAGAAAAAGAGAUCAAUACAUCAUCACCUUCAUCACCAAGUAAAACCCAAAUUUCAAAUAUUGAAAAUGAUUCAAUUUCUGAAAAAGCACAAGAACCAAUUUCUGAAAAAGUACAAGACCCAAUUUCCGAAAAAGCACAAGAAUCAAUUUCUGAAAAAGAACAUAUUGAAUCAAAUAAUGUUAGUGAAAUUAUUGAUUUAAUUAAAAGUGGUGAUCAGCAUCUUAAUAAUAAUAAUAAUAAUAAUAAUAAUAAUAAUAAUAAUAAUAAUAAUAAUAAUAAUGAAGAAGAGAAUCAAGAAAUCAAUUAUAAUGACAACCAAUUAUCAAAUGAAGAAAUAGUUGAAGAUGUUAAAAAUUCAAAUAUUAAUAAUAAUAAUACAAUUGAAAAAGGAAAUUCAAGUCAAAAUAAUAAUAAAAAUAAUAAUAAUAAUUAUCAUACUGAAAAAUGUGAUUAUUGUUUAAUUUGUAAAUGUUAUGAUUAUGGUGAAAUUACACAUAAUAUUGUUGAAGAUUCAGAAAUUUUAAAACAAUCAAUUAGAUACUCAUAUGUUGAUGAUACAUCAAUUAAUUCAAUAUUGGCACAUAGAAAUUAUGCAGAAAAAGAAGCAAUAAUGAAGAAAUUUAAUGAUAAAUAUAAUAAGAGUUUAGAAACAGAAUUAGCAAGUCACACUCAUCAAAAAUAUAGACGUACUUUAAUUUCAAUUUUAACAGAACCAAGUAUAUAUGAUACAUUAAAUAUUGAAAAUUCAAUUAAAACAAAGAAUUCAAAUACAUUAUUGGAAAUUUUAUUAACAAGAACCAAUGAACAAAAAGAAUUAAUUAAAAGAAUUUAUUUAGUUAAGUAUGGUAAAAACAUUGAACAUGAUAUAAUUGCUAAAUUUUCAAAUGGUGCAAAUGUGAAUGGUAACAUGAUGAAACAAUUAUUAAUUUCAAUGUUAAAUAAUGACCGUGAUUCAAAUUCAAAUCAAUCAUUGGAUAUGAAUUUAAUAAACACUGAUUCCAAUAGACUAUAUCAAGCUGGUGAACAUAAAAAAGGAACAGAUCAUGAAGUUUUCAUUGAAAUUUUAAGCAAACGUUCUUUUUCACAUUUAAGUGAACUGGAUCGUGUUUAUGAAAAUUCAAAUCCAAAAGGACAUUCAUUAAGAAAAGCAAUUGAAUUAGAAUUUGGUGUAUCGAAAUCAAUUAAACAAGUUAAAAUUUCGUUAUUAGAUAUAUUAUUAUUUUCAAAAGAACCUUCAAAAUAUUGGGCUGAACAAUUUAAUCGUGCAUUAACAAGUGGUUCUUGGGGAAUUAAUGAAAUUGAUUUAACUCGUUUAACAAUAACUCAACAACAUCAAGCUAGUAAAAUUAAACAAGCUUAUAUCUCUCAUUAUGAUAAUAGUUUAAUAAAUGAAGUUUCUUCAAAAACUUCAUUUAGAUAUAAGAAAAUCAUUUUAUCAAUGUUAACAGUUUGA